CCUACCAGUAGCUAGAUCUUCUCACAACCACCACUUUCGAGAAAAAACAAAGAGCGAAGAUCUCCUUCUUUUUGUCCAUAUUAUCAAGUAAUACUACUAGAGUAGUAAAAGAAGAAGACCACCAUGGACAAGUACGAAAUAGGAUUGUCAACUCCCUGUGUUUACUACGAUGAAGAUUUUCUAAGUCCCGAAGAAGCCUCUGAUGCGUAUGACGAAUUGUGGAAGACCACGGCGUGGGAAAAGACUUCCAAAAUCAAUCGGUAUGUGGCACUCCACGAAGAACCACAGCAAGAACAUCAACAAGAGCAAGAAGAAGAGAGCCAUACUUACAAAUACCGAGAUGCUCCCGACCAAGACGAAAGCCAGCGUCGUCCGUUUACGACCACCAUUCGAACCAUUUGCGAAAAAGCCGAAACUUGGUACAACAACCAUCAUCAUCCUGGUGGCGAGACGCCUGCGCCUGUCAAAUUCAACGUGUGUUUGCUCAACUUUUACGAAAAUGGAAGUCAACGCAUUGGAUGGCACUGCGAUCGCGAAGAAAUUGGUCGUAGUACUCCCAUUGCCAGUAUUUCGUUGGGAGCGACACGGCAGUUUCAAGUGCGUGCCAAGCAAGGUCUGGAACGACUGACAAUCGAUUUGACACAUGGGUCUUUGACGAUUAUGGAGAAUAUCUGUCAAAUGCAAUAUUUGCAUUGUCUGCCCAAAAUGAACCAUGUCACAGAAGGACGCAUCAAUCUGACAUUUCGUUGUAAAACGGCCGAGACACCGGGAGAAGAAGAGCACGAACGAAGAGACAAGUGGUUGGAACGCAUGACUCAGCUGAAUGAACAAGACAAUGAUGACAAUGACGACUUUGGAAAAGUAUAUCCCAAUCAAUCCUUGGCAUUGCAGCAAGAACAUGGAAGCGACAGCAACGAAUCGGCAGCCGUAUUUGGAGAUAUUCGGGAGACCGAGGAACAACUGCAAGAUAAGCUGAAGAUCAUGAACGUCGUCUUUACGGCAAAGACCAACAUUGGAGCCGAAGGAUACGCCGCGGCAGAAAUACAGCAGCUCUUGUCGAUUCGCUUCCAGGAUAAUAGCAAUUGGACUGUGGUUCCCAGACCUUGGGGAGCAGCUGGAUAUGUGGCCAUUGGAACUUUGCAAUCACCACAAAUUACAACCGACAACAACACCAACAAUGAUGAUUCCGAUUCUGCUAGUCAAGCGAAACUCUCCUCAGAACUACUCAAACUACGAGCAUCUAUUUACGUUAUGCAGUUUCACGAUCGAUUUGAUCUGGCCGAUGUCGUCACACAUGCCAAGCUCGAAAACACGGCACAAGUGGGUGGGGAGGAACUCUAUCAGUUCUACAAGCAACGUCUCGAAAGCAACACGGCUAGAAUACCCACACUACAACAACAACCAAACAAGAAAAAGAAAAAGAUUACCUUUCGUGUCACUUGUGAACGCAUUGGCGAACGACACAACUUUCAAGCACCCAAUGUCGAAUUCGAAAUUGGUGGAGCCAUGUCCGAGUACUUUGCAAAUGUCAAACCAAAGAUGGAAGAUUAUGAUGUCAAUAUACGGGUCGAUGUCAUCAACACGCAUGUCAUGGUGGGAACACAGCUCAACCUGGUCGAUUUGUCCAGACGACAUGCCUAUCGAUUCCGAAACAAGGUUACCAUCAAAACAAAUCUCGCCUACAUUAUGCUGCAAUGUGCCAAUAUGCAACCACAUGACACCGUACUCGAUCCCUUUUGUGGUAGUGGGACCAUCUUGUUGGAAGCCAUGGAAGUGGAACCGACGGUGCGAUGUAUCGGAAUCGAUGUCAAUCGGCGCAGUGUGGAUGGUGCCAGAGAGAAUGCGCGUGCCGUGGUGGGCGACAACAACAGCAGCAACAACGGCAAGUUUGAGUUUUAUUGCGUCGAUGUCCGCGCCUUUCGAAAACACAUACCGGAGGACAAGUCCAUUGACUGCAUCGUGAGCAAUCUACCUUGGGGUGUCCAGACGGGUCACAAAAAGAGCGUCACGGAUCUGCAGUCCAUGUACGAAAUCUUUCUCCGGACGGCCUGGUAUACGCUCAAAGAUCACGGUCGGAUUGUCAUGCUUGUGUUGCGAGGACUCCAAUUGACACGCAUCUUGCGCAAACUGGGAGGACGGUAUCGCGUCUUGCGAGCCAAUGUGGUCCGGACCAGCAACAAUUUGCCUUGCAUUGUCGUGGUGGAAAAGCUCCCACGAGAUGUAUUGAAUGAUACGGUCAAGGGACAGCUGGCCUACAUGUCGCAAUUCGUGUCGGUUAGUCGAGAAAUGUACCAGGCCAUUCAUCACGAAGACAUUGCCGACGGAAUUGAUGUCCCCGAGACGAGGCCACACCAAGAUUCUGGUAGCUAAGUUAGCUGUUCGGUAGCUAGCAAUGAGAUUUGCCAAGUGGAAAGUGAUCUAGCUAGCUAGCUAGCUCAUCCUGAGAUGGGUCCAAUCCGAAUGUUUUUAAAAGGAACGUUGGGCGACAGCCUUUCUCGAAUCCAAACAGAGAAAAAAGAGUCCGAUGAAAAAAAGUUUGUCGUCCUUCAAUUAAACGAAGUAGCACACACAAAACUUGCACGUAGAGAUUGAAAAAUGCAAGCUUGAUCUAGCUAACUCAUCCUGAGAUUGAUAGGAUGGGUACAGGCCGUACCGUUAUGGUUAAGGAAGGUAUAGUGCAACAGCCCUUCUCGAGGCCAGAGUGAGAAAAAGGGAGUCCGAAGUGAAGGUCUCCGGUGAAAACGAGUUUGGCCUUAGAGGAAGCAGCUGCCACGGGGCAAGCACACAAAAAGUUGCACGUAAAGAUUGAAAAACAGCUAGAGCUUUUAAAAAAAAGAGCAUCUUAUUUAUUCAUUCAUCAUCACUAUCAUCAUCGUCGUCGUCCGAAUCGUCGUCAUCACUCUCCUCCAACUUUUGCUUCUUUUUCCAUUGCGCCGCCAUCUCCAAGAGUCUCGCUUGUGAUUUGGCAGUGGCCGCAUCGGCAUCAAUGUCAUCUGGGAAUUGGUAAUCAAAGUACUCUUCCCAUCCUUCCUCGUUUCCUUGUUCGUCGCGUCGCAUACGCUUGCGUUUGAUCCGACGGGGCAGUCGUUCUUCGACCUUGGCAACACUGGCGGGACUUCCGUGUGUCUUUUCGAGUACCCUCCACGAAUCCAACAAGAGGACGCGUUCUUCCGUCAAUCCUUCUUGUUUGAGUUGAUUGUAUGCUUUUUCCAUAAUGGCACGGGCUCGUUCCAACCCCGUCGUCGCCAAUGGUUCGUCUGCAGCGGAUUCUUCCAAAACAUCCGGUGUAUUGGCUUCAAAUUGUGCAUACGAGAUCCACACCUUGACAUGUCCGGUCAUUUCGAGGAGUCGCGAAUACAAAUUACGUGCUUUGGCAUGUUCCUGUUCGGCAAUUUCAAAAUCAAUGUAAUGUUUCCAGACUUGCUCCGGCAUAUCCAGUGACUCUUGUUGAAUGGCCAGCUCGAGCAAAGCCCGACACCGAUCGGUUUCUCCGACAUUUUGUUCCAAGGUGGCAUAAUCGGUCCAUGCAGAGGAUUGUGCCGGGAGUACUUUCAGGUAUUGUGUGUAGAGCGAUCGACAGCGAUCGACUUCUCCCAAUGCCAAUUCGAGGGCAAUGUACUCGGUGAAGAUUUUGGCGGUUUUUUGUGGCGUGUGUUUCGAGAGUGUCCCAAUGGCGCGUCCCAACAAUUUGCGUGCUUUGUCGACCUGUUUGAGUCGAACGUGGACUUUGGCGGCUUGAAUCCAUAUUUUGGCAAACGUGAAUUUAUCAUGAGGAAUCAUGGAUAGACAGGCUUGAUAGACUUGUGCGGCGCGAUCUCCAUCUUGACACGUCAAUUCUUCGUAUACGGCGUAGUAGAUCCAUACGUAAAUGUAUCGUCUCCAGGGAUCCUUUUCGUCGGGAUACGGUGGAACAUGAGAAACGGCCCGUUCAAAGGUUUCUCGGACCCGUUCUCGUUGUUGUGUCGUUUGAGUAUCGCUACACUGUUUUUCGUAUUCCUGUUCCAUGGCGGCCCAUUCGAGCCAUCCAUCAUAGUCGAAUGGAUUGGCUUCCAAUCGUUUCUGGUACUGUUCUCUUUGUUUUUGUGUAAUGACCGUUUCGAUUCCCUGUUUAUUGCCGUGUUUCUUUUCAAAGACAAUGUAGGCAUCAUACAAUUCUUUUCGUUUUUGUCGUUCCUGUUUGGUCAAUUCUAAAUCUUCUUCUUGAUCUUGAUCGGUAUCCCCCGUGGGCGUCAAGUGCAACAAGGAAAUGGCAUGUUGAUAAAUAACACGGGCGCGUUCGUAUUCUCCUUGUCGUUCUUCAAACGAGGAAAACUGUUUGAAGAGACGCGCGCCUUGUUCUUGAAUAUCUUCCGGAUCCAAUUCGGUCAGUGCCCGUUCAAAUACCGUCCGCGCCAAUUCGAUCUGUGUGGCUUCAAAUUCGGCCCAUUUGGCAAAUCGACAAAACGACGUGACACCGGGAUAUGCAUUGACGUACUGUCGCAUGACUUGUUCGGCCCGAUCGGGUGCCCCAUGUUUGGUUUCAAAUCGCGCAAAUGCUAGCCAGGGCAAAUCGUGCGGUUUCCAUUUCAUCCAUCGUUCAAAGACCGCCCGGCAUUUGGGAAUGUCGCCCACGAGUUCUUCCACAUAAACAUAUUUGUACCACAAAAAGUCAAUGCGGGGCAAGAUUUGGACGGCUCUGUCUAAUACAUUCCGGGCGUGAUUGAGAAAUUCUUGUCGCAAUUCAAAAUCGGCAUACCGCAACCAGAGUUCGCCACUGCGGUGUUCGACUUCGAGCGCGCGUUCAAAAAUACUGCGGGCGCGUUCCAAUUCUUUAUUGUCUUCUUCAAACCGGGCGUACUUGACCCAGUUACCCACAUGUUCUCGGCGAUACCGAAUAUUGUCUUCGAAAUGUUUGCGACGAUCCGCCAAAUGGGCUUGAUAUUCUUCUUGAUCAUGAACCUUGACAAUGGGCUCUAAAAUAUGAUCUUGUUGUCGAUCGGCCGCUUCUCGCAGGAUUUGCUCGGUACUAAUCUGAAUCGGUGCCGGAGCACGAUUCUUGACUUGAUUCUGAUUCUGGUUGUUGUUGCGGCGGGACAUGGUGGUGGACGUAUGUUGAUAUAGCUAGCUAGAGUAUGGAAGGUAGAGUGGAAGGUUCAGUGAGAGUGAGAGUGAGAGGGUCUUUUGUCUUUUGGCGUGGUGCUGUUGCUGUUGUGGCUGUUGUGGGUGGACGGGUUGUUGGUUCGGAAAAAGGCUUGCUCCGAAGGUUCCACGUGGAGGCAUUCAAAAUCUGCUAGCUAUUAGUACACGGUUUCUAUUGUGUUCCUUGUUCUGCACCGAUACGAUCUUGCUUGGAGUGAAU